UCUUGUCUCGUUUACAUGUGCAAACAAAUCGAGGUUGUCAUAAAAAAUUAACAUGGCCUCCGCGCCUAAGUUAGACAAAAAUCAUGGUUUCCACAAAUUUAUUGUUCAAAAUCAAAUCGAUCGAGACACAUAUGAAGAAGAGCAAAAGUCUUUCAUGAAUCUGAAGUCAAAAGGUCUGUUAAAACAAAGGCAAUGCCCGAGUGAAAGACCAACAUAUAUCCCUCCGAGCAAAAGGAGCCAAAACAAUAACGAGGCUCAAAGUAUUAAAGAUUCUAAUUCUUCAAAAGUGGAUUCAAUUAACGGCAGUGUAUUAUUUGACAUGGAAUAUCUACCCAAGGUUGGUGAUCCAGUCACAGUGACAGUUUUUAAUAAUUCUACUCCACAAGAGAUAGUCAAUGAUAUUUCAAGUAGAUGUCAAAUCACAACAAGAUUAAAGCAAGCACUUUUUGAACGUGUAGUUAAAGAGAUGGAAAAGAGCAAUCAAUGACAUCGAGCAUGUGGCAUGUGUAAAAUUAAAGACUUUGCCUUUUUAGCUAUUAUUAAGUUAUAUUAAGUUACCUUAUGCAAUAAUUUCACCACAUUAUAAGAGAUUUGAUUGACAGUAGUUUCAGAAAACGGAAAAUAGAGAGUUUGGGUUUCAUAAGAAGAAACUGGAUAACAUGUUUUGUGGGAAUGUACAGUAUUUAAUGUAAAUAUACCACAUUAUUUAGAUUUAUCACAGGCAAUUUUGAAUGAGCCCAUAUUGGGCCUAAUAAAGUUGUUGAAUAAUCUGACCUUAAUAAUAUAUUAGAAAACGCAAAUCUCUCAAUUUUGUAUUAGAAAAAGCAUGUCUUCUCCUUUAGUCUCUGUUGUAAUGCUAAUAUUUUUUCAAGAAUAUGUUUUGAUAAGAAAUCAAGGAUAGAUAUUGAUGUAAAAUAAGUAUCCUAAAAUUGAAAUUGUUAAUGAUAAAAUUGCUAAGCAGGUUUUUAUUGAGCAAAUUAUUAAGUCCUACCUAAGGGUGGAAUCACCACUGUAUUUCUCCCUUUCCCUUUGAUAACUGGGAUGAAACCGCUUGGAAUAUGAAACAAAAAUUAUGCAGACAUAGAGAGAAAGCCAUUGUAUGCUCAAGUACUUUUUAUAGAUGCAAUGGAGUGUUCAGCUUUGAGGAAUUUCAAAAUAAACAAUGAACAGUAGGAUGUUGAGUACUUUAGUUUGUAUAUACAUUCUACAAUUGUUCUUCAUCCAACUACAAUAGCUCUAUCUUCUUGCCAUCAAGUUGUUAUUUUAUGAACUAGUCUUCACUUCAUUAACAAUCUGUCUGUUCUUGAAGAUUAUUUUAGAUUAAAGAUAAAACUUUGUUCUUAUAUUUCAUCAGCAAAUUCUACGGGUAAUUA